AUGGAUCCUUUUAGCAUGAUUAUGUUCAAUGAGACCUACGAAGGAAACUGGACUGGACUGAUCAAUGGCACAGAGGCAGAGCAGAAAUAUCAUUACAACUAUUAUGCCAUGCUCCUGACUCUCCUCAUCUUUGUGAUUGUGUUUGGCAAUGUGCUGGUGUGCAUAGCAGUAUCCAGAGAAAAGGCCCUCCAGACCACCACCAACUAUCUCAUUGUCAGCUUAGCAGUGGCAGACCUUCUUGUGGCCACAUUGGUAAUGCCAUGGGUUGUCUAUGUAGAGGUGGUGGGAGAGUGGAGAUUCAGCAGGAUCCAUUGUGAUAUUUUUGUGACUCUUGAUGUCAUGAUGUGCACAGCAAGUAUCCUCAACCUUUGUGCCAUUAGCAUUGACAGGUAUACUGCUGUUGCCAUGCCGAUGCUUUAUAAUACACGGUACAGCUCCAAACGAAGGGUCACCGUGAUGAUUUCCAUUGUCUGGGCCUUGUCCUUUGCCAUAUCCUGCCCAUUAUUAUUUGGACUGAAUGACUCAGACACCAGGGACGAUGCCAUCUGCACCAUUAUCAAUCCCGACUUUGUCGUCUACUCGUCCAUUUUCUCAUUUUACAUCCCCUUCAUCGUCACACUGCUGGUGUAUGUCCAAAUUUACGUAGUGCUGCGGAAAAGGAGGAAGCGGGUGAACACGAAGAGAAGUAGCAGGUUUGAGUCGGAAAUCCGGGCGCCGUUAAAGGAUAAAUGUACCCACCCGGAGGAUGUGAAGCUGUGCACAGUAAUCGUGAAAUCAAACGGUAGCUUCCCAGUUAAUAAGAAGAAAGUGGAAGCGGUCAACCACCAAGAGGAUCUGGAGAUGGAGAUGAUGUCAUCUGCUAGCCCCCCGCUGGAGAAGCCCAAGCACAAAAUGGUCAACCGCCAGCUGACUGUGCCACCUCCCUCCAAACACGGUGCCAGCUCUUGCAUGCCAUCACCUGGCGGCAGCCCGGUAAAAGGUGAGAAGAACGGACACCCCAAAGACAUAACCAAAGCACCCAAAGCUUUCGAAAUCCAGUCGUUGCCAAACGGCAAAACAAGAACUUCACUCAAGAGCUUGAGCAAAAGGAAGCUGUCCCAGCAAAAGGAGAAAAAGGCAACUCAGAUGUUGGCCAUUGUCCUCGGUGUCUUUGUUAUAUGUUGGUUGCCAUUUUUCAUUACCCAUAUCCUCAAUAUGCACUGCACAAAAUGCUUGAUCUCUCCAGCAAUGUACAGUGCUGUCACCUGGCUGGGAUAUGUCAAUAGUGCUGUGAACCCAAUCAUUUACACGACCUUCAAUGUAGAAUUCAGAAAAGCUUUCAUCAAAAUCCUCCACUGCUGA